AUAGCUGUUCACGUCUUAAACAUCGUUGCUAAAUUAUUUGUUUAAAAAAAUGAAUAUGUUAAGAAAUAUCAUGCAUUUAAUACCAGAAACAUGGUCGAAAGAGUUUGAAUAUGAAAAUAAAAGAUAUGUUUUAGUUGAUUUGGAUGAAGAAAGUGAAGAAUACAAAGAUGUUGAAAAAGAUUUUAACAAUACUAUCACGGUAACAGGGAAGCUAGUUAUUCAAAGAAUUCAACAUUUAAUUAAUUAUGCUAAAUAUGAAUGGCACAAACUUAUUCUGCAACAUAAUAAUCAACCUUUUACAGAGAUGUUUAAAUAUGAAAGAGUAUCUGAAGCAAGUCUUAAUAGGUAUUUGGAUGGAAGUUUAUGGACGAGGAUGCCUCACAGUACUUCAAACAAUAUUUUCAUUCGUUUUUUAACAUUACAAGAUAGUUAUUUUGAAAAAAGAGAUUCAUCUGCUUAUCCGCAAUAUAUAAUUAAAUCAUCUCCUUAGUUAAUAUUUUCCAAGAAAAACACUU